AAAGAAUCCCUAAAACUGACACAACAGUAAGAAUUAGUGUAGCGUUGUAUAAAUAAAUACAAGUAUUACGUUACGAACGAGCCACGAAGCAUAGCAUAAGAAAUAGGAAUAGGAUAAACAAAAUUUCAUCAUCCCGAAACCCUAAAUGUUACAGAUCGAAGAAUGCAGCAUCAAUCAAGUAUGUUAAAAUUGGUUAUAAUAAGUGUGAUUCUUGUAUUGAAUGUUCAGGCUAAAGAUUCGAUAAGUAGAUGCGUGAAAAACAUACCAAGUGUUAAACAAACAGAAUUGGGGAAAUCGAAGUUCAGAGUAGAAGUGAAGAACAACUGCGGUACGUGUCCGGUAAUCGAUGUUCAUGUGAAAUGUGGAAAUUUCUCGCAAUCAUUGGUCGAUCCAAAGCUGUUUAAGGUGUUGAAAUAUGAUGAUUGUGUGGUUAAUUAUGGUUUGCCAUUGCUGCCUCUUCAGACUAUCUCUUUCAAUUAUUCUCAUCCGACUAAGUACGCUUUGUCUCCUUACACUUGGUUCUUCCAGUGCGAGUGAUUUGUGUGCGUAAGGGCUUUGGUUUUCUUUAUUUGUAUGUCGUAAUCCUAUCUGAUUAAAUAUUGACUGGAGUAUUAUUAUCCUUAACUUCUUUGUAAUCCUAUCUUAUCAUUAAUAAUCAAAUAUAUAAUGAAGUAUAUCUUUUUCUUA